UCAAAUGCGUGAAAAUAACAAAAAUGGCUGAAGAACAAGAGGUGGUGCAGUUAGAAUUGUUAUGCAAGCAGUUGUAUGAGUCACAGGAUCCCUUGAUCCGGGAGCAGGCAGAGAAGGCGGUAGUAGCUUUUCAGGAAUCUCCGGACACGCUGAGCAAAUGUCAGGCGUUACUUGAAAGAGCGGACUCUAGUUAUUCUCAAUUAUUAGCAGCUACUACUUUAGGAAAAUUGGUUAGUAGGCCGACCAGCAGUUUAUCAAUACAACAGAGGCUAGAUAUUAGAAACUAUAUACUCAAUUACUUGGCGUCCCGACCUAAGUUGGCUAAUUUUGUCGUACAGGCGUUAAUAUCCCUGUUCGCUCGCAUCACGAAGCUCGGCUGGUUCGACACCGUCAAAGAGGAGUUCGUUUUUCACAACGUGCUGAAUGACGUCACCACGGGAUUCUUACAGGGACAAGUUGAGACGUGCACGAUAGGCGUUCAGUUGCUCUCGCAAUUGGUUGAGGAGAUGAACCAGGUGCUGGAGAACGAUGUCAGUCGUUCGCUGUCCAAACACAGGAAGAUUGCAUCGUCGUUUAGAGACACGCAGCUAUUCGAAAUAUUCCGCGUAUCGUGCUCCCUGCUGAACGCGGCGCGCGGCAAGCAGCUGGCGAUGGCGGACGAGAGCCAGCAGGCGCUGCUCGCGGCGCUGCUGCGGCUGGCGCACAACUGUCUCACAUUCGACUUCAUCGGCACCUCGAUCGACGAGUCGUCGGACGAUCUGUGCACUAUACAGGUCGGUGGUGGUGAGCGCACGCGCAUGACGCCGGCGGCGAGCUGGCUGAGGAACUUGGCGCGCUCCGUGUUGCUGAACAGCGAGCGGCGCACGGACGCGAGCUGCACGAGGCACGCGAGCGCGAGCCCCGCCAGCGCGCCGCGCGACGACGCGUACAGCUCGAAGAACAGCUCCAGCGUGCUCGCCUCCAGGAACGUGGGCCGCCACGACGGCCUCUCGGAGCCGACGAACUACCACGAGUUCUGCCGGCUGCUGGCGCGCCUCAAGUCGAACUACCGGCUCGGCGAGCUGGUCAUGGUCGACAACUACCCGCGUCUCAUAGAGGCGAUCGCCAAGUUCACCGUGCAGAGCUUGCAGAUGUGGCAGUUCGCGCCGAACUCGGUGCACUAUCUGCUGUCGCUAUGGCAACGGAUGGUUGUGUCCGUGCCGUACGUGAACGCGACUGAGCCGCACCUGCUCGAGACGUACGCGCCCACCGUGACCACGGCCUAUAUAAAUAGUAGGCUCGACUCCGUCGCGGUGCUGCUGAGGGAGGGCCUCGAGGACCCGCUGGACGACAUGGGCGCGAUACAGCAGCAGCUGGAGCAGGUGGCCGUGAUCGGGCGGUGCGAGUACUCGAAGACUUGCCAGCUGCUGGUGGCGCACUUCGACAGGGCCGCCGCCGCCUAUACCGUCGAGACGCAGCCGCCGCAGCUGCUCGUGCUACAGGGUCAGCUCACGUGGCUGGUGUACAUAAUCGGCGCGGCGAUCGACGGCCGCGCGUCCGUCAACACGUGCGACGAGAACGACGCGAUGGACGGCGAGCUCGUCUGCCGCGUGCUGCAGCUCAUGGACCUCACCGACUCGCGCUUGGCCAACGGUGGUUGCGAAAAGCUGGAGCUGGCAAUGAUGUCGUUUUUCGAGCAGUUCCGCAAGAUAUAUGUCGGCGAGCAGGUGCAGAAGAACAGCAAGGUGUACCGGCGGCUCGGCGAGGUGCUCGGCCUCAGCGACGAGAGCCAGCUGCUCAGCGUCAUCAUGCGUAAGAUUAUAACGAACCUCAAGUACUGGGGCGGUUCGGAGGCCAUAAUAUCGAAGACCCUAGGCCUGCUGAGUGACCUCAGCGGCGGCUACUCGUGCGUUCGGAAACUGGUCAAGCUCGACGAGGUUCAGUUUAUGCUGACACACCACACUGCGGAGCACUUCCCGUUCCUCGGCGUGGGCGCCGGCAUCGGCGAGAUGCGCUGCCGCACGAUGCUCUACACGGCGCUCGGCCGCCUGCUGAUGGUCGAGCUGGGCGAGGACGAGGACAGGUUCUACGCGUUCAUGAUGCCGCUCACCGCCGCGUUCGAGAGCAUCAUCGGCCUGCUGAGCCCGUCGGACAGCUCGCUGUACGCGUCCGAGGACGCCAAGAAGACGCUCAUAGGCCUGGCGCGGGACCUGCGCGGCCUGGCCUUCGCCUUCAACACGAAAACCACGUACAUGAUGCUGUUCGAUUGGAUAUACCCGGUGUACGUGAAGGUGCUGCUCCGCGGGCUCGAGCUGUGGUACGGCGAGCCGGCGCUGAGCACGCCCGCGCUGAAGCUCGCCGCCGAGCUCGCGCAGAACCGCAACCAGCGGCUGCACUUCGACGCGAGCUCGCCCAACGGCAUCCUGCUGUUCCGCGAGCUCUCCGCCGCCAUCUGCGCGUACGGCAGCAGAAUACUGACGGUGAACGUGAGCAAAAAGCAAAUGUACGCGAUGAAACUGAAGGGGAUAUCGCUCUGUUUCUCCAUACUGAAGGCGGCGCUGUGCGGGAACUACGCCAACUUUGGUGUGUUCAGGUUAUACGGUGACGACGCGUUAGACAAUGCACUGAAUAUGUUUGUUAAGUUAUUAUUAAGUAUACCUCAAAGUUACUUACUGUUGUACCCGAAACUGUCGCAGACGUACUAUGUGCUGUUGGAGCGUCUGGCCCAGGACCACAUGCCGUAUCUGGCCUCGUUACAGCCGGAGGCGACUCUAUACAUAUUGUCAUCUAUAUCGGAAGGUCUGACGGCGCUGGACACGAGCGUGUGCACGGGAUGCUGCGCGACACUGGACCACAUAGUUACGUAUCUAUUUAAGCAAUUAGUGCAGAAAUCUAGCAACAAAGUGUCGAACCCGCGACAAUGGUAUGAAGAAAGGGUGGUGAACGUGAUAAUGUUCGAGGAGCGAUGCAACCAGUGGUCGAUGUCGCGGCCGCUGCUCGGGCUGAUACUGCUGAACGAGGAGCAGUUCACCGCGCUCCGCUCGGAGCUGAUCGCGCAGCAGCCGCGCCACCGGCAGCACCACCUCGCGCACUGCUUCGACCAGCUGAUGGCCGGCGUCGAGAGGAACCUGCUCACGAAGAACCGGGACAGAUUCACACAAAACCUGUCCAUGUUCAGGCGCGACAUCAACGACCUACUGAAGGGAACGAGUAUGGGAUCGUCCGUUAAUGACAUGAUGACGUCAUAGGCACAAACGUGAUAUGUGGGAUUGUAUGGGAUUCGUGUCGGAAUGUGUGGGAUUCGUGUCGGAAUGUGUGGGAUUCGUGUCGGAUUGUAUGGGAUUCGUGUCGAAAUGUGUGGGAAUCGUGUCGGAAUGUAUAGGAUUCAAGUCGGAAUGUGAGGGAAUCGAGUGGGAUUGUAUGGGAUUCGUGUCGGGAGUGUGUGGGAUUGCGUGGUCGAGUUUUGUGUGAUGUCAGAUUGUAUCGGAGAGUAUGUUAUGCGUUAGGUGUGUGUGUGGACGUUGGGACUGCAAAUUUGCGGAUCGACUUAUUGUGAUAAUAAAUGUUUCUAUGUUUGUCCAUCAAUAAAACGCCUAUUUUAUAUCAUUUCUUGUAUACAAUAUGUUGUUAAAACAGAUGACACUUAUACACUUCACACUAAUAUUAUAAACGUGAAAGUUUGCUUGUUCGGCAGUUUGUCCGUCAAUCGCGAUGAAACUACCUAAUGGAUUUUGAUGAGAUUUGUAAUACAGACUGGGCAUCAGCCGACGUGGGUGAUCGGAUACUUUUUACCCCGAUUAAACGCUGUCAUGGGAUAAAACGGGAAUCUUAACAUCCGGGCGGAGCCGGGACGAGAGGCUCGUAAUUAAUAUUUUUAAUUUUAUAAUCAUCAGUCAUAUAUUAUCUCUUUCUCUUACGUCUCGUCUCGUGUAACAUUGACUCAAAUUAAUUCAUGUCCAUAUUUUACAAGUGAAAAGUCCGCAGACGGAAGAAUGCUGAGACACGUAUUUAACCAUACUAUCUUAUAUCGCAUUAAAGUUGGUCUAUCAAAUUUUGUAAA